GAUAAGAGAAGCCUCAGACAAGAAUCUCACAGAUGUCCAAGAAAUGGAGUACAGGAUUAAGACCUGUCAGGAGAGUCCCUAUGAUUAUCUGUCUGAAGUAGCAGUCAUGAAUAGUAACACAGGAGAGGAAAAAGUAAGAUUAAUAACAACUUUUAAUUUGAGAUCAAAACCUAAGUCGGAGCUGAUUAGAAAUAAUGGGAACUCCUUGGGGAUGAGGACAAAGGAGUUUAUGCGGUGUCAGAACAUGCUUCUCUAUGGUGAACCUGAUUUGAUAUGUGCUGCCUAUACUCCUGGUGUGUCUCCUGUAGUUUUAGAAUAUAACCAAUGUGGACAGCCUUUUACCCAGAAGGCACACCUUACUGUCCAACAGACAACACACACAGGAGAGAAACCUUAUGAAUGUAACGUGUGUGGAAAGUCUUUCACCCAGAAGGCACACCUUACUGUCCAUCUGACAACACACACAGGAGAGAAACCUUAUGAAUGUAACGUGUGUGGAAAGUCUUUCACCCAGAAGGCACACCUUACUGUCCAUCUGACAACACACACAGGAGUGAAACCUUAUGAAUGUAAGGUGUGUGGAAAGUCUUUCACCCGGAAGGCACACCUCACUGUCCAUCAGAGAAUACACACAGGAGAGAAACCUUUUAAAUGUAACGUGUGUGGAAAGUCUUUCGCCCAGACGGCACACCUUACUUUUCAUCAGACAACACACACAGGAAAGAAACUGUAUGGAUGUAAUAUAUGUGGAAAAUCUUUUACCUGGAAGGCACACCUUACCAUCCAUCAGACAACCCACACAGGGCAGAAACCUUAUGAAUGUAUGGAGUGUGGAAAGUCUUUCAUCCGGAAAGCAAACCUUAUUGUGCACCAGAGAACUCACACAGGAGAGAAACCUUUUGAAUGUAACGUGUGUGGAAGGUGUUUCACCCAGAAGUCACAACUUACUGUCCAUCAGACAACACAUACAGGAGAGAAACCUUAUGAAUGUAACGUGUGUAGAAAGUCUUUCACCCGGAAGGCACACCUCACUGUCCAUCAGAGAACACACACAGGAGAGAAACCUUAUGAAUGUAAGGUGUGUGGAAAGUCUUUCAUCCGGAAGGCAGAACUUAAUGAUCAUCACAGAAUCCACACAGGAGAGACACCUUAUGAAUGUAGCAGGUGUGGAAAGUCUUUCUCCCGGAAAAUACAUCUUACUGUCCAUGAGAGAAUACACACAGGAGACAAACCUUAUGGAUGUAGCUGGUGUGGAAAGUCUUUUAUCCGGAAAGCAGACCUUAAAACACAUCAGAGAAGACACACAGGAGAGAAACCUUAUGAAUGUAAUGUGUGUGGAAAGUCUUUCAUGUGGAAAGCAGGCCUUAACAUCCAUCAGAGAAUGCACACAGGAGAGAAACCUUAUGAAUGUAGCAGGUGUGGAAAGUCUUUCACCCGGAAGGCUGACCUUAACACACAUGAGAGAACACACACAGGAGAGAAACUUUAUGAAUGUAACCUGUGUGGAAAGUCUUUCACAUGGAAAGCACGCCUUAAUAUCCAUCAGAGAAUGCACACAGGAGACAAACCUUAUGAAUGUAGCAACUGUGGAAAGUCUUUCACCAGGAAGGAAUACCUUACUGCCCAUCAGAGAACACACACAGGAGAGAAACCUUUUGAAUGUAACCUGUGUGGAAAGUCUUUCGCCCGGAAAACAAAACUUACUGAUCAUCACAGAAUACACACAGGAGAGAAACCUUAUGAAUGUAACAAAUGUGGAAAGUCUUUCACCUGGAAGGCACACCUUAAUAUCCAUCAGAGAAGACACACAGGAGAGAAACAUUUUGAAAGUAACCUGUGUGGAAAGUCAUUUGUCCAGAAGGGAAAGGUUACUGUCCAUCAGAGAACACACACUGGACAGAAACCUUGUGAAUGUAACAAAUGUGGAAAAUCUUGCAUCAAGAAGGCACACCUUAGUGUCCACCAGAUAACACACAGAGGAGAAAAACCUUAAAAAUGUAACAGCUGUGGAAAAGUUCCACACAGAAGUAAACCCUUUUGCAUCAAAGAGCACUCACAGGAGAGAAGCCUUUUGAAUGCAACACAUGUGCAAAGAGCUUCAAGUGGAAGUGACAGCUCAGCACACAUAAGAAAAUUCACUCAAAUGAGAAACCUCUGGAAUGUAACAAAUGGGGAAAGUCUUUCAUCUGGAAGAAAAGGCAGUUUGCAGCAGAGAACCUACACAGGAUAGAUCGAAGCCCUUAUUUAGUACCAGAAAUAACACAAGACAGGUAAGUAACAAUAUGUAAAGCUAAUGGGCUCAAAUCGCUCAUGCUUGCAAUUUUGAAAUCUGAAGAUCAAUCUUUGGAGCUUGCCUGGGUAAAAUGAACAUGAGACUUAUCUCCAAUUAGCCACCAUAAAGGUCAAAAGUAGUAGAUAUGUGCCUCAAGCGAUAGAGGACUAGCCUUCAGCAAAGAAGCUCAGGAACAGCACCUAGGCAGUGAGAUCAAGUGCUAACGUUGGCAUGUUUGACUGGUGUACAGAAAUCAAUACCAGUUGUAGUAAUUGAACUUCAUUUUGUAAUAAUGCACACUUUUAAGGAAUCCUCUUAGAAACAGAAAAAUGGGUUUCUAUGUGAAGCUAGUUCAUAAUUUAGUAGUUCCUCUAAAUAUUAUCCUUCCUUAAUAAUUAGGAACUCAUUUGAUUUGAGGACAGCAGUGUAUUCAUUUGAAAUAAAGUUAGUAAUCUAGGUGUGUUUUGGCAGGCUUAUAAUUCAAAAGGUAGGAAAGGAAGACAGGAUUUUCACUAGUUUGAGAGCAACUCAAGCUAUACAGUGAUGUUCUGCCUCAUUUGUAUAUAUAAAAUAUGUCAUAUUAUUAACAUAUACCAUGUAUAUGAGUGUGCAAGUGUGUAUGUAUAUAUAUAUGCAUGUGUGUAUAUAUGUUUCUGUAUAUUCAUAUACAAACAUACAUGCAUACAUAUAAACAAAAUAGUUUUUUGUGAGGAAUAUUAAUGGCCAUGGUUUCUCUACUGAUAUCAAACCACAAACAGUGUGUAGGUUUCUCAUAUGUGUGUGUGUAUGUGUAUAUGUGCAUGUCCCUAACUAAAACUGAAUAUAUAUUAAAUGUAUAUAUAUACUUCAUUUAUUAUAUAGUUAAUAUAUAAUUCAUAAAUAAGUGUGGUCCAAAUAGAAUUGGACAUACUUUUAUAACACUGAGCAUUUGAAAAUUCAUCUUAUUUUGUAUGGCAACAGCCAUAAAAGAAAAAAAAAACAUGUAAGCACUCAUGGUUUGUGCCUGCAAGGUAUUAAUGGAUUUUGCCUAUAAGCCUAGAUACUCAGGAAGCCAAGAUCUGAGGAUCAAGGAAUAGAGCAAGCACAGACUACAAUACAUUAUUAGCUUCAAUUAACCAGCAAAAAGCUGAGUGGGAGGCGUGGCUCAUAUUUCCUUCACCUAUGAGAGAGAAAACCGAACAAGCACAAAACCUGAGUUCUAGGUCAGGUACUGGCAAAAACAAACAAAUAGGCAUUAGCCUAUAUAAUAUAAAAUCAGCUAUCUGGAGAACACAGAAUGUAUAGGUCUUAUUAUCAUAGAAAUUCUCUAGCAGUUGUGGAUUAAGGAACAGUGUAUGGCCUUAAGUUAUUUGAAUAAUUUUAUGACAGAUUCUAUUUUUUUUUUUGCCAGUCCUGGGGUUUGAACUCAGGGCUUCGGCACUGC